AUGUGGACCUUUCUGGGAAUCGCCUCCUUCAUCUACGUGUAUAAAAAGUGCGGAGACCUCAUGAGUUACGCUAAUAAGGAGGUGCUGCUCUCCGUGUUAGUGUUCUUCUCCCUCGGCUUGCUGCUGUCGUACAGGUAUCGCUUGGGAGGGCCCAAGCAGCAGCAGCAGCAGCAGCAGAGGAAGACCCACCUGGGGAUGCUCUCUGAUGUUCUCUCAGCUUUACCACUUGUUGGCUUCUUCUGGGCCAAACCCACCCAAGGAUCUCAGCAAAUCGAACAACCCAAAUCCAGGAAGGGUAAAAAAGAAAUAAGCUUCUCGGAUGUGUAUCUGACAGAGACCACUCCAAAUGCAACGUUAUUGCCCCAAUAUGAUCCAGAAAUUAUCAUUGUGGGAUCAGGUGUCCUUGGUUCUUCCUUGGCCACAGUGCUCUCAAGGGAUGGAAGAAAGGUGACUGUGAUAGAGAGGGAUCUGAAAGAACCUGACAGGAUAGUUGGAGAAUUGUUGCAACCUGGAGGUUUUAAGGCACUCAGAGACUUGGGUCUUGAAGAUACGGUAGAAGGUAUUGAUUCACAAGUAGUAAAUGGUUACAUAAUUCAUGACAGAGAGAGCAACUCGGAGGUUGAAAUUCCUUAUCCAACGUCUGGGGACGGCUGUGUGGCGAGUGGAAGAUCUUUUCAUCAUGGCCAGUUCAUCAUGGGUCUCCGAAGGGCAGCUAUGGCAGAGCCCAACGCAAAAUUCAUUGAGGGAACUGUGUUAGAAUUGCUUGAGGAAGAUGACUGUGUCGUGGGUGUUCAGUACAAGGACAGAGAAACUGGAGACACUAAGGACAGUGAACUGCACCAGUGCAUGACCACUACAGCCCAGACUGCCUCCAAUCUUGACAUCCCUGAUGAGCUCACUUGCAUUGGUGACCGUCAGGAGUUUCUAGCUUGUCUCUGUAAGACUUUGCCAGUGGAUGAUGUUGUUGUUGUUGUAAUGUUAAGUGUGACUGACUUGACCAGCAGUAAG